ACACUGUGUUUUUUAUCUGUGGCGUUCUCUGUUUGCUUAUUUUAGAUAUUAGACAACCAAACCAAAAUGGCAGACGUUUUAGAUAUCGAAAAUUCAGAAGAAUUUGAGGUUGACGAAGACGGUGAACAGGGAAUUGCGAGAUUGAAGGAAAAGGCGCGAAAACGCAAAGGCCGUGGUUUUGGCAAUGAAGGUGGUGGUGGCGGAGCCUCAGAAAGGGGCAGUAGGGGAAGAUAUGACAGCCUAGCUCCCGAAGGCGAUGGAAGUACGCCCGGUCCUCAAAGAUCAGUCGAAGGCUGGAUCUUAUUCGUCAGCAACGUCCACGAGGAAGCUCAAGAAGAGGAUAUACAAAACCAAUUCUCGGAGUUUGGUGAGAUAAAGAACAUCCACCUGAAUCUGGACAGGCGUACUGGGUUCCUGAAAGGCUACGCGCUAGUCGAAUAUGAGACCUACAAGCAGGCAGCAAGUGCUCGUGAAGCUUUGAGUGGAGCAGACAUCCUUGGGCAGGCAAUAUCUGUGGACUGGUGCUUCGUGAAGGGCCCGUCUAAAGUUCACAAGAAGAGACGAUAACCACUCAGAUUACCUGUGUUGCAGUUUACGAACAAACUUUGAAUUGCAGUCCGAUAGCAGUAAUAUCAAAUAAUUUGUUACACCCAAAGUGGCCAAAAGUUGAUAACCUUAUUCCAAUUGUAACAAAGACAUUUUACAAAGACGCGUUGUGAAAUUCUUGGCUACUUUGGGUAGUCAGGAACUAUUUGACGCUGAUUACAUAAGAUGCUACUGCAACUUGAUAUGCUGUCGUCUGAUUUUAUCAAAACCUUUUGUUUCAUGCGAAAUUAUUUGAUUCAAACAUUGUCAUCCAGAUUUCAGUCUUUAAAACAUUUCAGAAUAAAUGAUAUAGGUGUGGUAUUUCGAUUUUACCCAAUAGGGUCAGGGCGCAGAAAUUCAGGUCCAAUUUUUUUGGACCAAUUGAUGUCCAAUCACUGAAAAAAAAUGCUAAAUCUCGCUCUAUGUUACACAAGUUAGUAUGUAGUAUACGGAAAAGUCCUACGUUUAAUUUUUGCAUUCGUGUGUACCAAAAUACACUAUAGUUAAAAAUCUGAGAUUUCUGUAUUAAAGACUGCUUUCUUGGAUUUCUUUAAUCAAUUAAUUUCGCAAUCUUCUGGGUGUGUGGAAUAAAUGUCUUUUGGAACCUAAAAUUAUUGCAAAAUCACCAUCAAACUACAUUGUGGGUAUGAAUGAAUCUAUGCGUUCAAGUUUGCAUUUGUGUUGAAUUAGAAUGUAAGUUUUAUAGUUCUAAUAUAGAUUUUAUGAGCAUGUGUGUCUUUCUACCCGCAAUGAAGCUUAACUCAAAAACUAAAACUGUCAACUUAUUUUUAAAAUUGUUAAACUCAACCUGUACGUAUGUACUGAAUGCAACACAUAAUUAUUACUUAGGCUGUAAUGAGAUAAUUAUAAGCUAUCUUUCUAUA